AUGGCCAUUCAGAAAAAAGUCGAUCCUUCGCGUAGCGGAGCAUCGAGAAGCAACCCUAUUCUGCUUGAUUCCGCCUCUGCAUCUGAUGAUCCGUUGAUAACGACAGAUGGCGAAGCGGACGGCUGGCGGAUAUUGUUUUGGGCCAAACCAGGGGACCGCGAAGGUGCUUGCUUGCCGUCGCCACAGCCAUUUAUAUCGUCCACUUUCCAGUCCUUCCACUCUCCGCACGCCCUCAUCCAGCACCGCUGCGCCGGCUGUCGUUCCGCCAUUGCCGACGGUUCCGUUGCUGCUGCUUAUGGCGCCUUACGCGAUAGUACCAGCGCCGACGAUCCUUGGGGACAUGCCGCUGUGCUGCGAGCUUUUAUCGAGCGCAACGGACGGACAACCACGCAAGCAGUGGAGGAAGGACAGCCGUGUGAGGACAGCGCGAUGGAGCUGUGCGUGUGUGUGCGUGAGGCAGCACGUGACGGGCAGGGCCCGUCGUGGUCGUCGGGACGACUGCAGCUGGCAUCAGUGGCCGCGGAGGACGUCAUGCUGCACAUAAGGGGCCUCGUUACUGUCACCCCCCUCGGCAUUGAUGCACCCCGUGGAGUUACCCACGCGCAACACAUCACCCGGCCACUUGAGGAGCGCGCCGCUGGCUCUGUGCGCAUUCUGCUGGGCAUCCCCAGCAGGCUCGUCCCGGAGGUGCCGGUGGAGCAGAUGUGCUUGCCUCUGCUCGCCCCUCUGCUGACUGAGUGGCGGAAAUUCAGCCACACGCAUCACAUACGCGCGCUCAUGAGCAGCCUUGCGCCAGAUGCCGUGCUGCACCCCGGGCCUCAUGGAUGUGCAACUGUUUUGCCGUGCUCCUGCCAUGCUGAUGGAGCAUUGUACGGCAACGUGGAUGGCAGCAUGGAUGACGGAUUGCCACGUGGUAGUGGCUUUGAUUUCGACCAAUUGUACCGAGCUGUGCGGCCCAGCAGGCACCUUCCGUCCCUUGACUCGAGCCCACCCAACCUGCUGCCUCCUCUGAGGCCGUACCAGAGCAGAGCUGUGGCGUGGAUGGUGCAGCGCGAGCGGGGCGAGCAGGGGGGAUGCGGGGAUGGAAGGCGUGGCGAAUGGUGGACGGAAGUGCAGCAUCCCUUGUGGCGGCAAGUGGCAGCAGAGAAAAGCCAUCCUGACGUCACUCUGCACUACAAUCCUAUCCAGUGGGUAUCUGUCCAUCAAGUGUAUUCAUACUCCCCCUGCACAGCCCCGCACAUCACCUGUUGCUUUCCCCCCUCUUUUCACACCACAAUUGUUGCUAUUCCCCCUCUUUCCGUGCACCUGUUGCUAUUCCCCCUCUUCCCUCCCCGCACCUGUUGCUAUUCCCCCUCUACCCCCGCACCUGUUGCUAUUCCCCCUCUACCCCCGCACCUGUUGCUAUUCCCCCUCUACCCCCGCACCUGUUGCUAUUCCCCCUCUACCCCCGCACCUGUUGCUAUUCCCCCUCUUCCCCCGCACCUGUUGCUAUUCCCCCUCUUUCCGCGCACCUGUUGCUAUUCCCCCUCUCCCCCCGCACCUGUUGCUAUUCCCCCUCUUCCCCCGCACCUGUUUCUAUUCUCCCUCUUUCCGCGCACCUGUUGCUAUUCCCCCUCUUUCCGCGCACCUGUUGCUAUUCCCCCUUUCCACGCCAUUGCCACUCAAGAGGGACCUGCGUUUUUCCUUUGGCGGCCCUUUCAUGGCUCUGCUGACUUCUCAUCUGCCUCCUCACCUUCAUCCCCUUUCUUGUUCUCAUGCCCAACCCCUUCCCCGCAUUAUGCUCUAUCCCUGCCCAUCCUCUUCCUCACUCCCUCCCUCCCACCACUUUGCCAUGUGUCAUCCAGAGUGAGAGGUGGCAUUCUGGCCGAGGAGAUGGGGCUGGGUAAGACCGUUGAGGUGCUUGCCUGCAUCCUCGCCCACCGCUGGGAAGGCAGUGGGAAGGGAGAGACGGAGGCAGGGGUCAUUGGGAAGAGGACUAAAGGCGCGGAAAAAGGACAGUCUGAACAGUGCAGUGAGAGGGGGAAGAAAGGCGAGAAGGGAGAGGAUGGCGAGAAGGGGGGCGAGGGGAGCAGGAAGAAGAGGAAAGGGACGAUGAGGAUGGCAGCACAAAAAAGCAAGGGGCGCGGCGGUGGUGUUGAGGUGGUGAAGGGCGAGCAAGGAGAGGCCAUGAAUGGCGGGGAGGAGGGGGAGGAGGGGCGAGUGGUGACGCCGUGUGGGAGCACGCUCAUCGUGUGUCCGGCGGCCAUUCUUCCUCAGUGGCGAGACGAGGUCUUGCGCAUUUCCUCGCCUGCCUCCUCGGGUGAUGAGGGGACAGACAUGGCCUUUCGUGGAAGGGGGGGUGGUAAGGUGGGAGACGGGCGUGAGGGAGGGCGAGGAGGGGGUGGAAAGGGGAAGAGGCAGGUGGAUUGGGGGGGAAGGGAGCGGCUAGAUGUGGAGUGCAGCGAGGUGUGGGAGGAGGUGGAUGAAGUCACGCCUCUUGAUCUCGCAGCUGCUGAUAUCGUGCUGGUGUCAUACGAAACACUUAGUGGCGACAUCUGGCACGAUGGGCCCGCAAGAGUGUUGCGGCAUAAGAAGAGGUACGAGGCCCGCCCCACGCCCCUCACACGCCUGCACUGGUGGCGGGUGUGUCUGGACGAGGCGCAGCUGGUGGAGGGCGGAACCUCCAGAGCAGCAGUCAUGGCGGCCCGCCUGUCCGCGCAGCACCGGUGGUGCGUGUCGGGCACUCCCAUUCAGAAGGGCCUGCCGGACCUGCAGAGCUUGCUUCGGUUCCUCCGAGCCUCGCCGUUUGACCUGCCGCAGUGGUGGUGCGAUUUUUUCGAGAAACCUAUUGAGCAUGGAUGCGUGCCAGCGUGGCACUCCCUCCUGGCCCUCAUGUCGCAGCUGAUGUGGCGCCAUAACAAGGUUGACGUGGCGGACGAGCUGGCGCUGCCACCUCAGCGGCAGCUGCUGACGGUGCUGCGGUUCAGCGCCAUCGAGGCGCACUUCUACCGCCAGCAGCACGCCAAGUGCGCCCAGCGCGCGAAACACGUCCUCAGAUUAGGGGAGCGAGGGGGAGGGAGGGCAGGACCGGGCAGAGGCGGAGCUGGGGAUGGGGAUGGAGAGGAGGAGGAUCAGGGAGGGGAGCGGCAGCAGCAGCAGUCGCUGCGGUCGCUGCUGCCGUCGAGUGCGUGCCGUGCCGACCUCAACAGUUUCCUGGCGUCGCUGCUGCUGCUGCGCCAGGCCUGCUGCCACCCCCAGGUUGGCUCGGGCGGGCUACGGCGUUUGAACUCGGAGCGACCCAUGCACAUGGAUGAAGUGCGGCAGGUGUGUCCCAUGCACAUGGAUGAAGUGCGGCAGGUGUGUCCCAUGCACAUGGAUGAAGUGCGGCAGGUGUGUCCCAUGCACAUGGAUGAAGUGCGGCAGGUGUGUCCCAUGCACAUGGAUGAAGUGCGGCAGGUGUGUCCCAUGCACAUGGAUGAAGUGCGGCAGGUGCUGUUGGAGAAGGCGCGGGUGGAGGCGGAGGAAUCCCAGCGCCUCCUCAUCUCCGCCCUCAACGGCCUCGCUGCCCUCGCCGCCAUCCACGCUCCCACCCUCCCCCUCCUCUCCUCCUCCUCGCCCCCCUCCGCUGCUUCUCCCCACCACUCUUUUGAGAACAUCGAGCAGUGGGGGACCGGGGCAGAGCAGGCAGUGGGGCUUUACCGCGAUGCUUUGCGAGUCUUGGAUGAAAAUGAGGAUGGGGCACAGCAAGUGAAUGGCGAUGGGGAUGGGGAUCGGGAUGAAGAUGAGGACGAGGGCGGUGUAGGUGGAGCGAGUGUGUCUCUCUCCGCGCCUCACUGCGCUCGCCAGCGCAACGCCCUCCUGCAGCGCCUGCACGUGCUGCACAACCUGCACUCGCUGCUCGCCCUGCUGCACUCCGCCAAGGGAGGAGGCCAGGGGCACGGUGGUGGAGCGCGGAGCAAGAAGGGGUGCAGUUCGGUGGAGUCAGAUGGCAGUGGAGCAGGUGUGGUGGUUGCACGGACAGCGAGGGAGGAGAGGCUGGAAGGGGAGAUGGAGGAGGUGAUGCGGAGGUAUGUGGCUCCUUACAGGGCGCGCGCUGCUGCUGCCAAGAAGGCCUUCGAGGAUGUGCGCUCACAGGUGGAAGCCCACGGGGCAUCAGCUCUCCUCUCCACCUGCACCUCGCGGUCAUGGCUCGCUCUCCUCGCAGCACUGCGGCCUUCCGUGCCCCCAGUGCGCACAGGCAGCAUCAUCACUCACUUGCAGCGCACGCUACUGGAUGAUGAUAGCUGCAGCAGGCUAGAGACAAUGAACAUGGCCAGCCUUGCUCUCAGCUUCCCCACGCUGCACGGCCUGCUGGUUGCGCUGGGAGAGGAAGUGGCCAGGCUGAUGGGAAGCAGGCAGGAAGUGCUGCAGCGAGUGGUGGACGCGGGCGGUAGGGUGGACGUUGAGGGCGUGGGGGGCAGUCUGGUGGCGCAGGCAGGCUCGUGUGGUCGCUGCAGUGCGGGGCAGGAGGAGAAGGGCGGGGCUGAGGAUUAUGAGGCUGAGGAGGGCGCGACUGAGGAGGGCGGGGAUGAGGAUGGAGGGGCUGAGGGUGUUUUGGCGAGUGGAGUGGUUGGUGCGAGGGGAGCAGAUGGGGGGGAAGGCAGUGAGCUCUGCAUGCUUUGCCAGGCGCAGGACGUGUUUGAGGUGAGAUGGGUGUGCAAUCAGACGGGCACCAGGAUACAGCGUUACGGCCGUCGUCUUAUCCAGCUGCAACUCUCAUCAGCCCCUCCAUCCCUCGCCUCCUCCUCCCAUCUCACUCAACCUCUCCACCCUACCUUCACGAGCUCUCCUGCUCCCUCUACAUCUUGCGGCCCCAUUUCCAUCUCCCAAUCGGCACUGGAAGUGCGCAAUACCCCACAGGUUCCAGCCACAGCAGCAGGGUGGCAGGACGCGAAGGGGAGGGGCACCAGGGUCAGCAGGAGAGGGGGAAAGGGAGGUGCAGGGGAGGAAGAAGAGGGAGGAGCUUUGGUGGAGUGGAAACCAGCAGACACUGCAAGGUGUUUGGCCAUUCUGCCUUGGGUGCUUGCAUCACUGCCUGAUGGCAUCAUUGGAGACGAGGACCGGGGCGUUCUGGGAGCUGCAGCAUCCCACACUUUGGAAGCUUUGAAGGCAAUGCAGAACGAGUUCCGGUUGGCCCGAGCUUGGGCCAAGGCCCAGCGGGCUGUGCUGCGCGCAUUGCACAGAGUGCAAGUAGCCGCCAAGCGCGCCUGCCCCUUGCGCCAAGUGGACGAAUCACGUGCUGCCAGCUCACCAAUGGACAUGGCACGUACGCGGCUCACUAAGGAGAGGCCGGCAGCAAAGGCUCAGCUUGAGGAUGCCCAGGGAAGGCUGAGGUUCCUGCGGUAG